CUCUGAAGUAGCCAAAUCCGUCUUUACAAGUGCAUUAUAUUACCAUACGUUAAGUAGGGUACACGGUCCUCAUAUUACAUACAUUGUUAACGUGUGAUCCAAAUACCACGUUUCCAAGGACCUAAUAGGGAGUUAAGCGGCUAUCUGCAUUAUCAACCUACUCACCUAGAUAAGAUUGUUUCACGCGCAUUGAUAACAGUGUCCCUUAGUCAUACAUAGACAAUAGCCACACGCGAAAUGAUAUAAUUACUUUAUUUUAGCGUUUUAGUAGUAAUAAAUUAGACAAAAUGAAUAAAACAGUGUUAAUAACAAUACUUUUAUAUGGUUGUGUGGUGAAAUCACUCGCUCAGACAUCAGGGAAAACGUUGUCGCCCUUUCUGAGAGAUUGUUACAGUGAACCUAAUUUAUUGGAUAGAAAUAAUUUACCGCCAAUGACAUUAUCAGUGUUGCUAGACUUAAUAAGGAAGAUAGAAGACCAUCCGAACGCCGUUGGUGAUAUGCGGCAAAUAUCCACUGCUAUUGUGCACAUGUUAGUGUUUACUACUUAGAACUUGUGUUUGGUUUAGACAAGAUGGUAUAGUAUACGAUCCAACAGCGAUAGUGCAACAGUUUGUAGUUCCCUACAGUGCUACUGGAUUUCCGAUAUAUAAAAACAUGCUGUUGUUAAAUAAAUUGUUGCCUGGGAACCAAUUCAAUCUCCCUACAGAUACUCUAACGCCGGAAGAAAAGUGUGCUCUCCAUUUCAUGGUGUCAUCCAGCAUACUGCUGAACGCCAGAGGCGACGAAGAAUGGACGUGUAACAGCAUAUCGCUGCCGGGCAACCGCAGCGGACGUCUGGCGGCAUACCGGGAAGCUGAUGACAUCGAGAUCAUUGAUGUGAAUGGCAUCAAAGAUCACUACGGCCGUCAGAUUUUGGGGACAACCAAUUGCCCAAUAGAGACUGGCGUUGUGUCUACCCCGUGGGGUGACGUGGCUAUGGGUCCGGUAAUAGCUGGCAUAUCUGCAGGGCUGGAAGAACAGAACGUACUGGUAUCUGACCUGGUUACCCUCAAGUCAGGGUUUACAGACAGCUCCAUUGUCGUUAACAAUAGAUAUGCAGCUACAGUUGCUGGUGAUGUUGCGGAGACUGCAAUCAGACAAGGAAUGACGCGGAAUUCAAUAACAGUGGGAAGUACAGGAGGCUGGAACAGUUCGUACGCCAACCGUCAUUACUUCCACACAAGAACAACAGACCUGGAGCUUACUGACGCGGAGAUCCGAGGUGGUUUGGAUGGACUGAUCCUUAGUGAACUGGGACUGUCCAAUGUGAACACGUUUCCUGAAUUGAGGCUGUCUCAGCUAAUAGACAUGUAUUAUACUUCGAAUGGAAUUAUGCACGAGCCCCGGUUCCGAGCUUGCAACCGUAUAGUGCUCAUUCCAGACAUCGCUCCUUCAACCACACUAAUAGAGAAAAGUUUAGGGCCUGCUAUCGCCCUAUACCACGCGUCUCCACUAUCGGGGACCACCAACAUCAGGGGCAUACAGCAGUUCGUUAACAAUACUGUGGCUGCAUUCCAUUCGUACAUACCUCUCAAUAUGAACAGUGAUCCUCUCUGUCCAGUAUCUGUCAGCCAAAUGAUAAGACCAAAAGUGAAUUUAAUUUUAAUAACUUCAGAAACAAACCGCAAUCUAAUAUCUUAUAUAGUUAACAACGUUGAUGUUAGUAAACACGGAUCUAGUAUUACUCUACUUCACCCAGAAACUGGUGAUGUGGUCAUUGAUAAAACGUUUUCAGCAGCAAAAUUCUACACUGAUUUCGCUUUAAGGUACAGAGCGCAGAUAGGUACCCUCGAUGUUGUCAAAUCGUUAAAUUCGAUACGGGAAUUGAUGGCAAAACAAGCAAUGGCAGAAAUGUCUCUGCAGUACUCUGGAGGAAAUGCUACAGUAGCUCUGUUCCUCUCUGAUACCAUACCUCUCACUGGUAGCGAUUGGAAUCAAGCCAUAAACCAUGUUACUUGGCUGAGGCGUUUUGCACCAGAUUUGCGUUUGGUCUUUGCUUCAUCAUCAUCAGGUAGUGAGACCGUUGCUCCGUUACUUCGUUCAAGAAGUGAUUUCAUUCCGGUGACGCUGUCUGCAGCCAGAGAAUCUCCAGAAAUGUUAUCUAGUGUACUUGAAAACAUUAGAACAAGUCAAAGAAGAAUUGUAAACCCUCUAUGCAGCACAGAUUGGAAUGAUCGUAACUCUGGAACCAUCGGAUUUUACGACUACGUGGAUGCUAACGGCAUUAAUUUGUAUAGACUGCUCCCGAAUUACUUCUAUGUCAAUAACCCUUUGAGUUUGUUGAGAAUUCAAACUGAAGAUUCAAGUAGCCUAUCGGUAUGUUACUCAAGAACGAACUCUUUUCCAAGGCGCAACCAGACCACGGGUUCCGUGCCUGGUGAUGUAAUAUGCCAGUCGGCAACUAGUGCCAGCGCAGUGGAAAUAAGUCUGGCAGAAGCAUGCCACCAGGCAUCCUCGGUGGAAAGUUGCCCACCCUUCUAUUUAACAGUUGCGUCAGCCACCGUGCCACUGACGCCGCAGUGUAAAGAUUCUGGAUGUCGGUACCCAAAUGACAUAAAGUAUCUGGUUGCUGCCCAUGAACUUGGCUGCUACAGUAAUGCUUUCGCAAACAAAAAUAAUUUAACUGUAUUUAUAUUAAUCUAUGUGCUAAUACAUACCCUAUUAUAAAAAUA